AUCCCGUCUAUUAAGUGGUGCGGGGCGGAAGGCGACUACAACGUUAUGGUAAUGGAGCUGCUGGGCCCCAGUCUGGAGGACCUGUUCAACUUCUGCUCCCGCAAGUUUAGUCUGAAAACAGUCCUGCUGCUGGCCGACCAGAUGAUCAGUAGGAUCGAAUACAUCCACUCCAAGAACUUCAUCCACAGAGACGUGAAGCCUGACAACUUCCUGAUGGGGCUCGGCAAGAAGGGCAACCUGGUCUACAUCAUCGACUUUGGCCUGGCCAAGAAAUACCGUGAUGCCCGAACGCACCAGCACAUCCCCUACCGUGAGAAUAAGAACCUUACCGGCACCGCCCGCUACGCCUCUAUCAACACCCAUCUGGGCAUUGAGCAGUCGAGGCGAGACGACUUGGAGUCUCUGGGCUACGUUCUCAUGUACUUCAACCUGGGCUCUUUGCCCUGGCAGGGGCUCAAGGCUGCCACCAAGAGGCAGAAGUAUGAACGCAUCAGUGAGAAGAAAAUGUCCACCCCAAUCGAGGUGCUCUGCAAGGGAUACCCCUCUGAGUUCUCCACUUACCUGAAUUUGUGUCGCUCCCUGCGGUUCGAUGACAAGCCAGACUACUCAUAUCUGAGGCAGCUCUUCAGGAACCUUUUCCACCGACAGGGCUUCUCCUACGACUACGUCUUUGACUGGAACAUGCUGAAGUUUGGGGCCAGCAGGAACGCAGAGGAUGGAGAGAGGGAGAGGAGGGAGGGAAAAGAGGGAGAGGAGCGAGCAGGAGGAGGCCAGAGAGGAGCUGGAGGUCGAGCUUUGCCGCCUGGUCCGAACCCUUCAGCAGCCAACAGAGUCAGGAACGAGGCAGAUGCUGCUCCCUCGAACCCGGCCACACGUGGGGUCCAGCAGUCAGGUAACCGGUCUCCUCAGGCGGGGAGAGCAGAGAGAGCCGAGCGAGAGAGGAAGGUGGCCAUGAGGCUCCACCGCGGGGCCCCCGCCAACGUCUCCUCCUCUGACCUCACCGCACGCCUUGACCAAUCGCGCAUCACUGCGUCGCAGGUCAGCGUGCCGUUUGAACAUCUGGCAAAGUGAGUUCCUCCUGGCCGGCCUGCAGCAGCUGCAGGGUACCAAGUAGCCCGAACUUUUCAAAUGGAUGAAUGAAUACAUGAAUGAGUGGAGGAGGGCAGGAGGAGGCAUUGCAGGCCCUUAACGGGGGGGAUCGAGGCCAUCCGUGUGUCUGUCGGUAUGCUGUGUGAACACUGGUGACCAGGAAGAGCACCGAGAUGAUAGAAACCCAUGGGACAAAUACGCUCUUGGCUGGAACUGGUUGGUACUGCUUUUCGGGUGUGGCCGGAGGGGGGGAGGUGGGUGAAACAACACACAGGUGCCGCCCCUUCUUCACUCAUAUUCACCUGCCCAUUGACUCAGAGGCUCAACUUGCAAAAAACAAGGUGCACAAUGGACUAAAUUUCAGUUAUUAUGUGGUUCACACCUGAGAUUAAAUUUUAAAUAAAAUCCACUAUAAACCUGCUAACGUUUGAGAGCUACAUCCGCUGCUUAUGGUGUUCUUGAUUAUUAAUAAAUAUGUAAACAACCAUGGAGACGAACACAAAACUAAAGUGUAUCCAGGCCUGUAAUAAUUGAGCCAGGGGAAUGCUUGAAAAUGGGCCAUUCACUGCAGUCGAUUUGUGGACGGGAGCAAGGCUGCUUUUUGUCAAUACAUGUCGGUGUCUGUCUGUGUGUUACUGUCUUAAGUGUUUGUUUUGCCUUUAGCUUUGCUAUAGGGUGUGUGAGGAAAGGAGGGAUGCAAAUGUAACUGUUGAUGAAUUGAAUUACCCAUGAGGUAUAACUUGAGGAUUAGUCCCAAAUUAAAACAUCCUCUUCUUCAGCACACUUGUUCCUGUCUUACCUUUGAUAGGAAAAACAUGCUCAUUGAAUGUGAAAAGAGAAGGAGGAGGUUGAAGACUGCUUCGAGUGCAGAACAGAGGGGAGAGUCAUGAGGAUUGUAUGAUAUGAUAAAGCCUUAGUCCAGCUUGUAACUCCAGAAUGUCACAGAUUGUUUAAAGAUGGGGCUGGAGAGAAGAAAAGUACUGUUUGCUCCCUGACAGCCCUUAGGGAGGCAAAAAAGACCCGUUUACCUGUAACCUUUAGAGUCUGCCAGAACCGUGUGUUUUGGUUUCCACAGUGGCAGGCAAUGACAGAAAGGUUCUUGUUAAUAUUUCAAGGAGUGUUUUGACCCGGGCCUGUCAGGACAGACGCACAUCACUGAUGAGAGGGAAUGAGCUGUCUGAUGUCCUGUACAUUUCUUUACC